AUGUACUUAGUGCCCACAGAAAUCCCCACAUUAACAGCUGAGAGUGCCCGGAACUGGCAGUCAUGAAGGAACUGAAGAGCAAGGCAUUCUGGAGGGCCGUUUUGGCAGAGCUGGUGGGCAUGACCCUCUUCAUUUUCCUGAGCAUUACAGCUGCUGUUGGAAACUCCAACAAUGACAAACCAGAUCAGGAGGUCAAGGUGGCACUGGCGUUCGGGCUGGCCAUCGCCACUCUUGCCCAGAGUCUCGGUCACAUCAGCGGAGCCCAUCUGAACCCGGCCGUGACGCUGGGCUUGCUGGCCAGCUGCCAGAUCAGCUUUCUGAAGGCUGUGAUGUACAUCGUGGCCCAGAUGUUGGGCGCAGCGGUGGCCAGCGGCAUCGUUUAUGGCGUCACGAAAGGGGAGGCUCUGGGGCUUAAUACUAUCAGCAAAGAUAUUUCUGCAGGUCAAGGUGUCGGCAUUGAACUCUUCGCUACGUUCCAGCUGGUUCUGUGUGUCAUAGCAGUCACAGAUAAAAGAAGGCGUGAUGUAACAGGCUCCGCCCCCUUGGCAAUUGGGCUCAGUGUUUGCCUGGGCCAUUUGACAGCCAUCAGUUUCACUGGAUGUGGCAUCAAUCCUGCUCGCUCCUUCGGCCCGGCAGUGAUUAUGAGAGACUUCACCAAUCACUGGGUAUACUGGGUAGGCCCAAUGUGUGGAGGUGUGGCAGCCGCCUUGGUCUAUGACUUCCUGCUCUACCCGAAAAUGGAUGACUUUCCUGACCGCAUGAGAGUGCUGGUCUCUGGUCCUGCUGCUGAUUAUGAUGUCAACGGAACUGAUGAUCCCCCUGCUGUAGAGAUGUCAUCAAAGUGACAAAAUAAUUGACAUAUUUAAUGUAUCAUACUCUUCAAGACUUCAAAACGUCUGUAAAUAUAUACAGUAUUUUUCCCCCAAGGGGGAAUAGCAUUGUUUUUAAAUGUACUAUAUGACAGUGUUAAUUUUCCAAAUGUAAAGCCAUCUAUUUAGCUGGCAUUUUGUAUUAAUUCAUUUGAGCUUUUUAUUGUUGUUUUGUCUCUCAUUUAGUGAAUCAGUAUGUACCUCAGGAAAAUGAUCCAACGUUUUCAAAAAUUUCACUAUCAGUAUUCAAAAUGUAGAUUCACUUGUUUUUGUCAACGUUUUUAAAAUGAAAAUGUGUUUUACAUCACUUUGUAUUGUAUUAAGUGUACACUAUGAUAUCGUUUUCUCAACUUUUGUAAGUAAACAUGAAGAUGUUAAAUAUUAAAUAAAUAGGCUACUGGUGCUUUUCUCCUUUAAGAUACAACAAUCCAACAGCUCUUUGUUAAACUGAUGGUGAUGAUGUCACUUAAUCAGAGCUCUAGAUUUAAAACUCUUUUCAGAGCUUUAUCCCAAUUUGACAUUACAUUAUUACAAGGACAUUUUAAUGCUGUGUUCUAAUAUUAAAUCCUAGUAAUAUUCAGUGCUCUAAGUAGUUUGUGAGGUCUCGUGUGAUGAAAUCUCUAUAUGCAAGUUUUACUACAUCCUGUCAAUGCAUUUGAUUUAAAGAUAGUAUUACGAUAUAUGUCUAGGGAAUGUAAACACUUAAUAUUAAAAUACCUUUACAAUGUGUCAGGCGGACAAACGAUGCAAAAACAAGUGAUUUAUUUACAAUAUGUACAGAAUUUACAUCUCAAUACAACACUCACAAAACUAAGGAAGGGGGAAGGAAAGAAGGGAUGCAAGUGGUGCUAAAGCAAAGAAAUGAACAAAACAAAUCUAACUUGCACAUAAUCCUCUAAACUACCUAACCCACAACCAAAUAAAAAGAG